AUGCCGACGAGGAAUAAAACCGAUCAAGCCCGCCACGCGCGUACGACUUCCUGGUCGACUGGCUAUCAACACCUUCUCCAGCAGCAGGACACUUCAACCACCACUGACGACCCGGGUCCCUCCUCGCACCCUCCCCCUCCUCCCACCCGCCGUCGCCGCGAAUCCAAUCUCUCCCUCGUCAGCGUCACCGAGGGUCCUCCUGGUCUCGAUGACCCCAACAUGAUGAGGAAUACGUCGAUGGAUCUGGACGGCCGCAACAGCCUGCAUGCGCGGAGCCGGUCGCAGAGCCAGGCGCAGAUUCUGGCUCUGCAAGAGGCCGAGUUGUCCGCCUCGCCCAGUGCACCACCGCCCACCACCCGGGCCGCCGCCGUGACUUGGAUGUCCCUGCCCCGGAAGGGCCAGCUGGCCGUGCUCGGGUUAUGCCGAGUCUUUGAUUUCUUACAGAUCGCCUCCCUCCAGGCCUACAUGUUCUACCAGCUCAAAUCCUUCGAUGUUAACCUCUCCGACUCGGACGUCGCAACCCAGGCCGGUAUCCUCCAGGGCGCUUUUACCGCAGCCCAGUUCGCGACCGCGAUCCCCUGGGGCCGGGUCGCUGAUGCCGAGUGGGGGGGCCGGAAAUUCGUACUGCUGGUCGGUCUGCUUGGCACGGCGGUCUCAUGUCUGGGGGUUGCGUUCUCGACGUCGUUCGCGCAGGCCGUGUUCUGGCGUUCGUUCGGUGGUGCCAUUAACGGCACCGUCGGUAUCAUCCGGACUAGCAUUGCGGAGAAUGUGAAGGAGAAGAAAUACCAUUCCCGUGCUUUCUUGAUCCUGCCCAUUGGUUUCAACAUCGCCUCGCUAUUUGGUCCAGUGAUGGGCGGGAUGCUCUCCGACCCCGUAAUCGCCUAUCCGCGUCUCUUUGGGCCGAACUCAUCGUUUGGAGGCGAACAAGGCGUGCAGUGGCUACAGACAUACCCCUAUGCCCUGCCCAUGUUGGCCAACUUUUUCUUCCUGACUUUCUGCGCCGGCUUGGUGGCGUACGGCUUCGAAGAGACCUUGGCGGCUUGCAAGGGCAAGCCUGGUCCUGGUGCGAUCCUCAUGAAGCUCUUCGGCCGCGGCAUGAGAAAUGUCGUGCCCACCACGUCGCCCCUGUACACGAGACUCCCCUUCCGUGAUUAUGAAGAGGACGGCCCUCUGCUGGAUCGCGCGGAAAGCUACGAGCUCGAGGAGAAGGCCAAGCCCAUGCGUGUUCAGCGCGUGCUGCCCUUCCGGAGGAUCUGGACCAAGAACGUGCUGUGUACCCUGAUCGCACAGGCCUUCUUCGAUUUCCAGAUGGGCGCCUUCAACAACCUCUGGCUGCUUUUCCUGUCCACUCCCCGUUACGACCCCACCGACGCCGCCAGCCCUGCCCGGAAACUCCCCUUCAUCUUCACCGGCGGCCUGGGCAUGUUGCCCCAGAGUGUCGGCUUCGCAACUGCCAUCCUCGGCGUGAUCGGCAUGUUCCUCCAGUUCACCAUCUACCCAACCAUCAACGGCCGUCUCGGCACAGCCAAGAGCUACCAGUACUUCCUGUCCCUGUUCCCGCUCGCCUACGCCCUAGCACCAUACAUCUCACUGGCCCCAUCCACGAUCCCGCCGCCCGGCCAGGCCAACGGCCCCUGGGUCUGGUUCUGGAUCAUCGUCGUGCUCUUCCUCCAGGUCACCGCCCGGACCUUCACCCUGCCCACCUCCAUCAUCCUGCUCAACAACUGCUCCCCGCACCCGUCCGUCCUCGGCACCAUCCACGGCAUCGGCCAGUCCGUCUCCUCUGCCUUCCGAACCAUUGGGCCCAUCUUCUCCGGUGCCUGGUACGGCUACGGUCUGGACGUGGGCAUGGUCGGCUUUGCCUGGUGGGUUAUUGCCAUCGUGUCCAUCUUUGGCUGCGUGGCUGCCAUUUUCGUGUACGAGGGCUCGGGACAUGAAAUCACUCUUCCCGGCGAGGAGGAAGAUUACCAUGACUGA